UCAUACCUACCUGAAAAUCCUGGCUCCGCCAUUGGAAGGGAGGUCACCGAGUUGGAGGUGAGCGGGAAAGACAUUCGACAAAUCUGGGGCAGCAAUGCGGAACCAUUGACACUAAAACUAUUUUUUUAAAAUACUUUACCAGGUAAGGCCCCAAACUGAGCCUCGUGGCUCUUUUUCCAGAAGCCACCUGGCCACAAAUGACGGCCAAACGAAGUGGCUUCUCGUCAUCGUGCGGAAAAUUUCUAGCGGCCAGGUAACUCCGAACGCGCGUUUCUAAAUGCGGAGGGAAAAACGGGCGGACCCGGAGGAAAAAAAUCCACUCGACCACGGGGAGGGAGAGAGACGCGCAAACUCCGAAUAGACAGCAGCGGACGUCAACAGGAUCGGGAUCGAACUAGGCCACCUCCUGAGUACCAGGCGAAGUAGUCAACAUCUCGCUGGACCCCGCUCUCAAUGAUUUGACGAAUGAGCGAGCGAUUGAACGAGCGAACGAACAAACGGAGCGAACGGGCGGGACUACCGUUGGCUGACGCUGCGCCCCUGCCGCAGCUGGACCGCAUGGAGCUGGACCCGCUGAAACGGGAGCUGGAGGAGCGCUGGCGGGCCGUCAAACUGCGCCUGCGGGACGGCGCGCAGAUACAAGCGGACGACGCCGCCGGAUUUCGAAGGCAACUGAUUGCCCGUUUCCACUGCAUCUCGUGUGACCGUCCGCUGGACCUACCCGUGCCCGCCCCGCGUCUGAUCACCGUUCCAGUGGCGACAUCAAAGCAGAAGAACCCCCAGGGGCUUGCAAGCGUGCGGCACCCGGCGGACCCGGCGGCGCUGGACACGCGGCCCUCGCUGAGGACGUGCGGGGGAGGCCACACGCUCAUCGCGCACGCGACGGGCAAGCGCGUGGCCCGCGUGCCGCCCCUCGGCCAGCAGGGCCGCGCCGACGAGGGGCCCGGCGUUCCGGCCUCGCGCACGAAGGAGAUCCACAUUCUGGGAUUGGACGGACAGAUCUACAGGGGGAGGCUGGAGCCGUCUGCCCCGUCGUUCCUGCCGCCCAUCCAGAGCCCAGCGGGCAACGUGCGGCCACGGAGCGGGAAGGGAAUCCGGCAGCGGUCCCCCCUCCCGUCCUCCUCCUCCUCCUCGGCCGUGCUGCCACCUGAGUUCGACACCACGUUCAUCAUGUCCCGGAGCAGCAGCGCCAUCUCCAGCAGCUACACAGAUCUGGGGAACAGGCCCGCGUCUCCGCUCCCCGCGAGCUCCCAGCUGUCACCGGCGGCUCCUCUGGCCGGCGGGGGUGGCGGCCGGCCCACGCGGCUCACACGGUGACUCCCCGGACAGGCGUCUCUCGGGCUCGCCCGCGCCUAGCCGGGACAGGAUGAAACGCCGCCGCCGCAGCCGCCACCGCCGCCGCUACAGUAGCCACCGCCACCACCGCCACCACCGCUCCGACGAACCCACGUGGGCGGAAAGGACGCCGAGGAAUAACGACAUGCAGCGGGAGUUCGAGAUGUUGGCUACCUCGCCUGAUAUGCAGGAGGUCGUGGGUUUGAUCCGGACCCUGACGCCCGCUGUAUAUUUGGAGUUUGCGUGUCUCACUCUCUCUUUCUCAUCAUCAUCAUCAUCAUCACGGAG